CACUUUCUAGGUCUGCAUAUCUAUUUAUAAAAUAUCCACAUUCAAAACUUAGUGGAAACGGUGGAAACUGAAUUUGUGCACCGAUGCGCAAUACGCCAAGGAAGCGUGGUCCUGAACAAACGCAUCAGUUACGAAUCUAAAGCCUCUUCACUAUGUUCGAUUGGAGUUCACUUCCAAUCGGGCCACUGGAAACCAUUUUCCGAUUGUUGAGCCACCGAGAUCGGCUAACCUGUACGCUCGUUUGUCACCGAUGGAACGAGGUGUUUUUCUCCUGUCACUGGUCCAGAAAGUUGUGUUCACGAUCAAAGACUACUGCGGUGACGAGAAGCAAACCCGAUCCGUUGUUGGUCACAGUAAGCGAAACUAUCGUAAUUGGUUCAUCGAAUUAAUCGAUGGUGAUUUGAGGGCGACUUUUGCCGAGUGCCUGGAAGCUGCGACUCGAUGUACGGUGGAAUCAUUAACUUUGAAUAGCUUUUUGGUGCCACUUGUUGAAUGUUUGCCCGUGAAUGCUGCCACUCUGUUUGGAUCUCUAACAGAGCUUAAUUUGAGAAUUCUAUUGAGCUUCGAAGAUAAAUUUGAUUGUUCGACUGCGCAGAGGUGGGUUUUCGAACAGUUGAAGGUUUUAAAUUAUGUUCAAUGUUAUUACGGCUAUAAACCAAGUCCGGUGGCAUUUGUUUUCGAGACACCUAAUCUAGUAUCGGCUUCACUAACAACAGAAAUACGGGUGGAGCUUCGUCCGCGUGCUUUGUAUCGCAUGUAUCCGUUGUUGGAGCUGAAAGACGGUGCCAAAUUAGAGCGGCUCGAAGUAGACCUUGAAGGACGACUGUGGGGAAGUUUCUUCGCCCAAGAACGCACCGCUUUGAAGCAUUCGGUGGUUCGACGUUAGAGAGAUGAAGCUGAGCAACCGGAUUGGGAUUUGUUGCUCGGAAAUAUGCCAAA